GCAGCUUGGGAAGGUAGCUGGCGCCGCUGAGGGAAUGGCGGUCUCGCCGACGGGCAGCGGGGCCCCGCACGCUGCCCCCGCCAGCCCUGCGCGGCUCCCUGCACCGCUGCCGAUGGGAACACACGUAGAAGGGAGGAAUACACCGCGGGGGGACCACAGCAGUCCGGCAGCCUGGCUCCCGGUAGGGCUGCCCGGGCAAGUGACGCCUCCGGGCUCCAGAUGCUCUGCUUCCCUGCCAGGAGAGGAGGGACAGGGCUGCCUCGUUGCGGUCGCAAAAGGAGGCUCAGAGGUGUAGACUGAGGAUGCACAAUGCAGUAGUGUCCCGGGGGGGGGGGGGGGGGGGGGCAGUGUUUCUGCCCCCAUCGUCAUCAUCCGGGAUCAGCUCAGGUGUCCAGCAGCAACCGGCUUCCGUGUCAGUAAACUCUUAACUGCCCCUGGAAAUGUAAGGAACCUUGUUACUGCUGCAGAAAAAACAAUUCCUUCUCCCUUUUUACCAAGCUGAAAAGGCUUAUUAUACAUCUUCAAUCAGUUCCAGAUACUUCCUUUCCCUGGCUUCCACCUUCCAUUUUCGCCAUAUAAAGAAGGUCUCAGCAUGCCCUUCUGGUUCAGAAGGUAGUUGGAACGAUGCUAUCCAGGAAUAGUUCUCUUCCAUUCUUCUCUAGCUGGUUUAAAGGGACUUUGAAUCAUGCAUCCUUUUGUUCAGCAAAAAGCAAAAGACCAAUCCCCGCUCUGCGAGGCUAUCCAAGCAACACAUGCUCCCUGCAUAGCUGAGAACUGCAGCCACAGAGUACAGCUCCCCACCACCACCCCUAAGCUCCAGGGAAAUGGGAGAAGUAUCACCCAGAAGGACAGCAAAAGAGAAAAAAGAAUCGAACAACAAUGCUGAGGUUUGUUGUCACCCUCUUUGCUGUCAUAACGUCAUCUAUCUGCCAAAAGUACGGAUGUCUGGAAGGGGACACCCACAAACUGAAGCCAAGUCGUGAGCCAAAUAUGCAUGAAUGCACUCUGUACUCUAAAUCUUCCUGUUGCUAUGUAGACUUCACAGAGCAAUUGGCUCAUUCCCCAGUAAUUAAAGUAAACAACAGCUACUGGAACAGAUGUGGGCAGCUCAGUAAAUCCUGUGAAGAUUUCACAAAGAAAAUUGAGUGCUUUUACCGGUGUUCACCGCAUGCUGCUCGCUGGAUCCAUCCCAAUGACACUGCUGCUAUUCGGUCUGUUCCACUGUGUCAAAGCUUUUGUGAUGACUGGUAUGAAGCCUGCAAAGAUGAUUCCAUAUGUGUUCAUAACUGGCUGACAGACUGGGAAUGGGAUGAAAGUGGAGAAAACCGCUGUAAGAAUAAAUGUAUUCCAUACAGUGAGAUGUAUGCAAAUGGGACUGACAUGUGCCAGAAUAUGUGGGGGGAGUCAUUUAAGGUGAGCGAAUCCUCCUGCCUCUGCUUGCAAAUGAACAAAAAGGACAUGAUGGCAAUCAAGUAUCUCCUCUCCGAAAGCUCAGAGGAAAGCUCCAGCAUCAGCAGCAGCGAGGAACAUGCCUGCCAAAAGAAACUCUUGAAGUUUGAGAAACUAAGGGGAGAGGAAGGGGAACAGACAAGAUAAAUGCUGGUGGAUGUAUGUCAGGACAAGAGAAGUCAUCGUGGAGGCUGGGCUCGGGGCAUCACGCCAGCCUGCUUUAUGCCUUACUUCCUGGAACAUAAUAAAUCAAUGGCUGGUUAUAUUAA